AUAGUGAAUCUGGAUGCUGGGAGGCACUAACACCCAGGGGAGUCAUUUGCAUUUUGUUGAUGCCUUUUCAAACACACAAAAGUGCUUUGAACAAGUUGGGAACAUCCUGCAUUUUUGAGCUUGAGCAUAAAGGUUUUGCUGCUGAAUCUCCUUUUGCUGUUUGUGGAGAUGAGGCUGUUGUUUCUGGCAUUUCACUUUUCUGGAUUUAGUCUCACACUAAGAAUUAACUGCUGACCUCAAGGGACUCAUCAAUGAUUGAUGCCACCCAGCUUCAGACCAGAAUUGGCAUUGGCCUUUGAAUGCUUCAUUCAUAAUGAACCCCGAUGGCUCAGGAGAGUGUCACAGAUGCCACAGGUUGCCUAAAACUGAAAACCCACCUUUUGAUUCUGUUUGCUGAGUUUAUUCUUGAUGCUCCACUUGAAUAUUUUUACCCCGUGCUUUCUGAAAUUACACUGUUGGUUUUUAUGCCAAAUUCCUCAAAUCACAGAUCUAUUCAUUCCAGAGUAGAAAGAGGCAGAACGAAUACAAUUUGAGAGUUGCAACAUCAACUCUUCAAGGAAAACAGUCAAAUAAAUUAUCUUAAGAGGAAACUGUUCAUUUGUCCAACAAACACAGUGAGACUGCAUGAAGAAAAAAAUUCUCUGCGUGCAAAGAAAGCAUAAAACAAUUCAAAUUAAAAGAUACAAGUUUAGUAGAAACUGACCAAAUGAAAGUAUUGAGAUGAUGAGUUUGAGCAGGAAAACUCAGAGUUUUAGAUUCUAGAAUGGCUGCUUUGGUCACAUCUGAACAUCUGUACCUUGAGUUGAAAAAGCCAUUACCAAUCGAGCUCAGAUUCCUGGGUUCUCCAUGGUAACUGCUGGGAGAAAAAGAUAAACAAAUACCUGCAAGAAGUUCUCUUACAGUAAGAAGCUUAUGAGAAACAUAAUGAUGUAAGAAAAAUAAACAGAGUCAAAAAAUGAUUACAACAGCCUUAAGGAGAGAAAUACGGAAGCAUAGAGCUGCCACCCACGCAAAACAAAUCAUAUCAUAACUUUAUUGUUCCAACAAUCUAACUUUUACGUUUGUACAAUAAAUUUCCACAUUCUUACAAUAUACUAUCAUGUUUUUACCAUAAAAUGUUCACAUCCGUACCUUAUAAUAUCACGUUCUUAUUAAUAUAUUGCGCAAACAUGAUAUUAGUACAAACAUGAAAAUUAUAUUGUUAGAACAUGAUAGUAUAUUAUACAAACGUGAUACCAUAUUGUAAUAAUGUGGAAAUUAUAUUGGUAGAACAAUAAAUUUAUGAUGUUAUAACGUGAUGUCACUGUAAUUUAAUUUUGUGUAGUUGGAAGCUCUAUCCUUCCAUAGGAAGCUCAAGCUAUGACCAAAAUAGCUUGACACAAUGCUUCUACAUUUAUUAACACGUAGCAAAAGUGUUAAAAAUCAGUGGAUUGAAUAAAAAGCUUUUAUUUUUACUUGGAUCCAGUCAAAAAAAUCAAUGAAAAAUGAAGGUCAUGAAAUUAAAACGUGAUUUUCUUCUAUAUUUUGAUGCUGCCACUAAUUCAGUGGCUGACAAAGAAUGAUAAAAGUGCUGUAAAAUUCACUAAAAGUGACAUGUAUUUAUUAAAAAUAAAUAAUCCUGAAAAAGACAGAUUACUGGUUAUUUACAAUCUAAAUCUGGCUCCUCUACAGUCUCAUAAUUACCUACUUUAUUGUAAGGAAAUGCCCUCUAAAGCCAGGCGAUGACUUCAGCCAUGCUAACCGUGGCUAAUGAAAGGUAAAUCCUUUGGGAGCUGCAGAGAUCUGCAAUCAAAUGAUAAAUGGCAAGAUUAUGGUACCAGGUAAUUAAAUGAGCGCGGAGUCGACUGUAAUCCACACAAUGACGUAAUAACACUGUCACCUCCACAACCGGCUCUCAGUUAUUAAUCAUUACAUUUUAUUAGUGAACUGAAGAUGAUCAUAUGAUCUCAGGCAGGACUGGAAUGGAACCAAAAAAUAAAAAAAACUGUAAUAAGCAGAGAUAAAAGCAAACUUCAGUCCUUUUUAAAAUCUAUUUUUUUUAUAUUGUUUUACCCUUUUCAGAUGUGCUGAACGGCAACCCGAUGCUUCCGAUUUGCAGCUGAAAUUGUUUUAAGAUCACAGCUGUUGUUUGCAGAGUUCUCUCUUAGUCACUCGGUGAGGGACUAAAAUACAAUAUUGAGCCAUUAUGGUGCAAGCAUAUGCUGAGUCAUCUGUAUGGUUGGUGUCACGCUGUUUUUUCUGCUCAUUAGAGUUUGUCUUUUGCAUUUUAAAUCAUGGCUAGCAGCUGAAUGGGUUAUACUGCACUCUCAUCCAGAAAACUUUGUUUUUAUACAAUUCAGAAUGAAAUUAUUUACAUUAUGUUCAGCUUAUUUAAUUAAAACGUACAUUAAAGCCAGCCAGAGCCAAGAGCACCAUUGAUUUACAUCAUUAAACCACUCUGCGGCUCCUCAGUCUGCAUCAGAGAGUUCUGAGUCCAAACUGGAUCAUAAUUAGGCAGGAGUACUCCUGCCUUGCGCUCCAUGAAGGCCACAAAUCGCAGACUGGAAAGACUCUAUAGGAAAACUGGCCUCACCAUCCAAAAGAACUUAUACACUGUCCAGAUCUCACUCUAUAAGGAAACCAUCAUCCACGCCAAAUCACAGUUUUAUUCCAACCUCAUUUGUUCCAACUCUGCUAACAAUAAGACUCUAUUUUCCAUCUUUAACAGGAUUUUUCAGCCACCGGACUCACUGCCUAUCCACUUACACUCUACGGACACCUGUAACUCCCUCCUCCAGUUCUUCAAUGAUAAGGUCCAUAGAAUCCACCAUAACCUUGGUACUCACCCUCUGCCUGAUCACUCAGCUGACCUCUUUAAUCCCUCCCUUCAUUUUGCCUCCUUUAAAUUACCUCACCCAUCAGAAAUCUCUGAACUAAUCUCAAAGUCGAAACCCUCCACCUGUUUGUUAGAUCCCCUUCCCACAGUCCUUUUUAAAUCAUGCCUCCCGUCUCUACUCCCUUUCAUUACAGCAAUUAUUCAUUCUUCAUUAUCAUCUGGAACAGUUCCUUCUUAUUUUAAAUCUGCAGCAGUCAGUUCCAUACCAAAAAAGCAUGGUUUAGAUCCUAAUGACUUCAAUAACCUCCAUCCCAUCUCACACCUUCCCUUCAUUGCAAAAGUUUUAGAGAAAACUGUGGCAUCACAACUUCAUUCCCAUCUCACAUGUAAUAAGCUGUAUGAACAUUUUCAGUCUGGCUUCCGCCCGCAUCACCGCACCAAAACCGCUCUCAUUUGUAUAACUAAUGAUUUACUUCUUGCUGCUGAUUCUGGUCUCAUUUCCAUUCUCAUUCUACUUGACCUGAGUGCGGCCUUUGACACCAUUUCUCACUCGAUCCUCCUAAAUAGACUCUCUUCUCUUGGUAUCACUCACACCCCCCUCCGCUGGUUCCAGCCAUAUCGCACUGGCUGCACUCAGUUCAUUCAGUGAAAAUCAUUUUCUUCCAAACCAUCCCCAGUCACCUCAGGUGUGCCCCAGGGCUCUGUCCUGGGUCCUCUUUUGUUUAUAAUCUAUCUCCUACCCCUUGGCAGUAUCUUUUGUAAAUUUGGCAUACAAUUCCAUUGCUAUGCAGAUGACACCCAGCUCUACAUGUCUAUUAAGCCCCAAUCCACCCUUCUGCCUUCCACCCUUACCCUCUGCCUCUCAGAAAUUAAAAAAAUGUUUCACCUCCAACUUCCUUAAACUUAAUGAUAGUAAAACUGAACUUCUCCCGGUCGGUACCAAGUACAACAUCGCCAAAAUUGACAGCUUCUCCAUAACCAUUGACAACACCAUUGUUGUCAAUUCAAUUCAAUUCAAUUCAAAAAUACUUUAUUAAUCCCAGAGGGAAAUUGAUUGCUGUAGUAGCUCAGAAUAAUAGUAAUAAUCAAGUCAUCAAAGAGUUAUUGUAUAUUACAAUGGCUGUUGGCAGGAAGGAUCUCCAGUAGCGGUCAGUGUUGCAGCCAAACUGAAGAAGCCUCUGACUGAAGACACUCAUCUGUUGUCAGACAGUCUUGUGAAGAGAAUGCUCAGGGUUGUCCAUAAUUUUCUUGAUUCUCUGGAGAAUCCUUCUUUGCAUUAUCUCCUCCAGUGGUUCCACAGUUGUCCCCAGAACAGAACCAGCCUUUGUUAUUAGGCUGUUGAGCUUUUUCAGGUCCCUGCUUCUGAUGCUACUACCCCAACAGACGAUGGCUGAGGAGAAUACACUCUCAACAACAGACUUCUAGAGGAUGUGCAGCAUCUUGCUACAGACAUUGAAGGACCUAAGCGUCCUCAGGAAGUGCAGCCUGCUGUGUCCCUUCUUGUAAACGGCUUCGCUGUUCUUUCUCCAAUCCAGUCUGUUGUCUAGGCGAACUCCAAGGUAUUUGUAUUCCUCAACCAUCUCCACUUCAUCUCCCAUGAUGGAAACAGUGUUUGACUCCAGCCUGUUUCUUCUGAAGUCUAAAAUCAUCUCCUUUGUUUUGUUCACGUUCAAGUUCAGAUGGUUGUUUCCACACCAUGCCACAAAGCACUCCACCAGCUCUCUCUACUCAGCUUCCUGUCCAUCUCUGAUACACCCGACAACUGCAGAGUCAUCUGAGUUUUUCUGUAGAUGACAGGUCUCUGAUUUGUACUGGAAGUCUGAGGUGUACAGGGUGAAAAGGAAUGGUGAAAGUACAGCCCCCUGUGGUGCUCCAAUGUUACUGAUCGCCUGGUUUGAUGUGCAGUUCUUCAGCCUCACAAACUGUGGUCUGUUUGUCAGGUAGUCUUUAAUCCAGGCGAUAGUUGAGGCCCCCACCUGUGUCUUCUGGAUUUUCUGGCAAAGUACAUCAGGCUGGAUUGUGUUAAAUGCACUGGAGAAAUCAAAGAACAUGACCCUCACAGUGCUGCCUGCUUUGUCCAGAUGACAGUGGGGUGGUUGAAGCAGCUGGAUGAUGGCAUCUUCAACUCCAACUCCAUGGUGAUAAGCAAACUGCAGCAGGUUCUGAUAUGUCCCAGUUUGCUUAUUCAGGUGGACCAACAGGAGUCUCUCCAGGACCUUCAUGAUGUGGGAUGUCAGGGCAACCAGUCUGUAGUCGUCACUGACUGAUGGGCGAGUUUUCUUUGGAACUGGAACAAGGCAGGAUGUCUUCCACAGGACUGGAACCUUCUCCUGGGCCAGGCUGAGGUUGAAGAGGUGCUGCAGAAUCCCACAGAGCUGCUCUGCACCAGCCUUCAGUACUCUGGGGCUGACACCAUCUGGGCCUGCAGCCUUGUUCCUAUUCAGUCUCUCCAGCUGCCUCUUCACCUGACUUCUAGAGACAGAUAGGUGGGAGGGCGAGGUAAAUGGGGCAGCAGCAUCUCCUGACUUGGUUGAAGACAGAUUUAUAGAACCAGAAGAGUCCAUGAAUGCAUUAGAGGACAAAAUAGCUGGCGUGUGACAGGACAAUGUUGGAUCAGAGGAGGAUGGGAUGUCUGAUUGGCUGGGGACAGGCGAGGAGGAUGCUGGGUUUGUUCCUGAACUGAACAUAUUGAAGAACUUGUUCAGUUCAUUGGCUGUGUCCAGGUUGCCAUCUGUGCAAUCCUUCCUCUGCUUGAAGCCUGUAAUCUUCUUCAUCCCUGACUAGACAUCUCUGAUAUUGUUCCUCUGUAGUUUGUUCUCCAGCCUGCCUCCUUGCUGUCUCUGAUCUUAAUCUUAAGUUGCUUUUGUAUGCUCCUCAAUAAUUCCCCACAAAGUCGCCCACUUUGAAUGCUCUUUUUUCUCAUUUAGCAGAUUCUUCAGUUCACUGGUGAUCCAGGGCUUGUUAUUAUCAAAGCAUCUCACUGUUCUGGUGGGUAUGAUGUUGUCCACACAGAAGUUUAUAUAAUCAGUGACACAUCCAGUCAUGCCAUUGCUGUCCUCUUCAUAUCCUUGGCAGAGAGUCAUCCAAUCUGUGGUCUCAAAACAACUCUGCAGGGCUUCUUCAGCAUCCUCUGACCAUUUUCUCACAGUUCUUCUUGUCGCAGGUGGCCUCUGAACAAGUGCUUUGUAUUCUGAGCAGAGAAAACCAAGACUGUGAUCCGAUUGUCCCAGAGGAGGUCUUGUUUUGGACAUUUAUGCAUUAUUUACAUUUGCAUAACAAAAAUCCAAUGCCUUGUUUUCUCUGGUGGAGCAGCUGACAAAAUGUUGAAAUGUUAGAAGUGUAGCAGAGAGCGAGGCAUGAUUAAAAUCACCAGAUAUAGCCACACAUGCAUUGGGGUGCUAGGUUUGUAGCUUAGCGACAACGGAACUGAUGGCAUCACAUGCAUUUUCAGCAAUGGCUGAAGGUGGAAUAUAAACAGUUUCCAAGACAACACUCUCUUGACAAAUAAUAUGGGUGACAACUUACUGCCAAGAGUUCAACAUCUGGGCUGCAGAGACGACAUUUCACUGAAACAUGACAUGGAUGGCACCAUCUGUUGUUGACAAGCACUGCCACUCCACCUCCUUUUCUUUUCCCGCUCCUCUUCAGAUCUCUGUCUGCUCGUACAGUCAGGAAUCCUGGCAGAGAGACGCUGGAAUCGGGGAUAUGGUCCUGCAGCCACGUCUCAGUGAAACACAUGACACUGCACUGUCGAUACUCUGGCUGAGUCCUUGGAAGGGCUUGGAGUUCGUCCAUCUUGUUGGCCAGUGAUCUCACAUUGCCCAUUAUGAUCGAUAGAAGAAAUGGUUUGAAUUUCCUCUUUCUCUGUCUCCGUUUUGCUCCCGCUCUGCAUCCACGCUUCUUGCGUUUUAGCUCAUUUGGGAUUUGUGGCUUCAGUUGAGGUAUUAUUCCAGCCUUUCCAAUGUUAAUCAGCUGCUCCCGAUUGUAAACCAGCUUGUUGCCGUGGUUACACAUCAUAACAAAUGCUCAAAAAGUGAAAAAAGUGAAAAAAUAGCAGUAAAAAUCCUCUAAGCUUCACAGCACCAGAAACAGAAAAGUAAAAGGUCCAAAAAACUACAGUUUUUCUUAGGACGCUAGAAGAAAAAAAUGUCCAAAAAAGGCUAAACUUACAUGUAGUUAACAGAGCUACUCCAAUAUGCAGCCACCCAGAGCAGAGCGAGAAUUGGAAUCAGAGGCACCUCCAGAAAAGUUUCAUUGGGGUUGCCAUGGGGCCAGAGAAAAUUUUGGGGUGGCAAACCAUAUUGAUCCUCGUUGUAACUCUGGGAAAGUUUAGCCAGUAGUGAUGCAAUAAAUAAUCCUUUAUUAAUUUUAACACAAAAAAAUAUGUGCCCAACAUACAUCAAAUUUGAGGAACACAAACAUUUUUGAAAAAAGUUAUAUGUGGGGUGGCCAGCAAUUUUCUAGGUGGGGACAUGGCCACCCAUGGCCACCCCUUUGGGGUGCCACUGCUGCAAAUAAAAUGUAUUAAUGAUGGCUGGAGCUACUUUUUGAAAUGGAAAUCUGUCUUAGCUGUGUAUAUAGAAAGCCAUAAAUGUAUUUUUCCCUCAAAACAAGAUCUAUUGUCUUUCUAAUAAAAGAUGAAACCAAAUUAAAAGGUUUGGAACCCUAGUUUAUAUGCAGAGAGCAAGAUCUUACAAAAAUAGGCAUGUAAUCACCAGAAUCUUGGUUAAAUUCAUGCACCCAUGCUGCUGGAACUUCUCUGUGGUUAACUGUGAGAUUUAUCUGAUCACUAAUUGGAAGCCGUGUGCUGCUGUGCACUUUGCAGUUGAUAAAGACGGCUGUCUCCAAUGUGGCAGCCCACUGUCUCUGAAGCUGACCCCUCAUUUAUCUGCAGCAGCGGGUUCACAGACCCCCACCGACAUACCCCGUGAAGCAACAAGCUCCAUCACUAGCCUCAGUAGCUUGCUAAUGAGACUCGGCCGGUCAGAGUGACUGGAAGCACGCGGGGAAAUGGCAGAAUCAUUGAUCUAAAUUAUUAAAAGAUAACCUCACAUUUGUGAUGUGAAAGAGCUGCUGCAUGGCACAAAUUACCACAUACAAGAAGUUCACCUGUGUGAGAAUGGUAGGAAAUGGCAGCAUCUGGAAACAGGACGAUGUCUGAAAUUGUGCAUUUUUUUAGAAUCCUAUAUCCUGUAAUUGUCUAAAGCCUUAUACUUCUCAUAAAUUAACUGAAGAUUACUGGGAUAACCUUUGCAGAAGUACUGAAACGUGUUUUUGUGAUCUGUUGAGGUGAUAAGUGUCGUGAGCUGGGGUGAGUACGCUCUCUUCAUCAACAUAUCUCUGAGUGCGUUUGCAGGAGAGGGAGCGGCAGCUGCACCUGAUCUGCUAAUCAGCGGGUCGACUACUUAAGAGGGAUGAUAAACACAGCUCAACGCCGGAUGAUUGCUAUUACUUGGUAGUUUCCAGCCCUCGUUCUUGUCUCCAGGUUUUUUCGGAUUACUCUAGUGUAUUUUUGGUCGCGUGUGAUUUUUAGAUUUUUGGCUCACUCUCCUCAGGUUCUCGAUAUAUCAGGAUUACUCACCCAACUCCAUAGGACUCUGGACCAUCUUGCUCUGCAACGUUCAUCACCCAUCUGUCCUGACUGACCCGCUCUCUCUUGACCCCACAUUUCCUGUCCAGCUCUGAACACUCCCCUCUUGGAUCUACUCUGGCUCACUACCUCCCCUCACUCCCCAAUCCCACUCAACCCCAUUAAGUCUUCACUCUGCACUAUUCAGUUUAGACUUACUUUCCAGGACUCACCUAUCUCUGCUCUCCCCUCUAGACGCUGCAUUCCCAUUCCCAGUCCACUGGACUUCCCAGUGCGCCUUUAGUUGUCGUUCCAAAAUAAAAUAUUAUUUUUUCCCAUCCAUCUGUGUUUGGGUUUUGAUUCUGCAUGUCUUGGGUUAGACACCUCCCCCAGAACAUGACAGAAUCAUCCGGCCAACCCGCUAACCCUGCAGAAGCAGCCCUCACAGUUCUCUCUCACAGGCUCACCCAACAGGAGCAAACCCUGCCGCUUCUCAUGGAGCAACUUGCCACGGCGAAUAACUGCUACCACCAGCUGGAGGCUCUGGUGCGGCAGAUCCAUGAACGGUUGCCCCAACAACCGUCUCCACCAGCGGAACCAUUGUUAGCCACUUCAGCAGCACCUGUUCCCCCCGGACUGGAAGCCUUAGGUCCUAUGGAUGUCACCCACUUCCGUCUAGCAGCAUCCCCACCAUCAGUGACAUUCAGCGGUGAGUUUGAUGAUUGUCACAGUUUUUUACUACAGUGUAGACUGGCUUUUGAACAUUCAUCUGGAGCCUCUACCUCAGACUCUGUAAAGAUAUCCUACGUGGUUGGUCUUCCACGAGGAAAGGCUUUAAGAUGGGCCGAAGCCAAGAGCCAUUGUGAUUUGUUCCUAACAGGAUCAUAUGAUGAAUUUUUAUUGGACUUAAAAUUAACUUUUGGAAGUUUUGAGUCGGUUUUGGACAUUAGGAAAAAGCUCUGGAAUCUGUCACACGGAAAGGGAUCUGUGGCAGAUCUCUGGAGUUUCGUAUCUUAGCAGCAAAGACCACUUGGAACGAAGACACAUUGAUUGCAGCCCUCACUGAGGCCCUUAAAGAUCGGGUUCGGAACCAGCUGGCUUUGUGCCCCAAGCCCCGAUCUUUGGAGGAACUUAUCUGGCUUGCCAUCUCAAUUGAUAAAAGACACCAUGAGUUGAGACGACCGAGCCCCAGGUCUAGUUCACCACCCACUCAGGAUUGGAUCCAUGGAGCUAACAGUCGCUCCUCAGCAGAUACCCCUGCAUCAGAGGAACCAAUGCAGAUGGGAAGGACUCGUCUCACGCCGGAGGGGAGACAACAUUGUUUAAAGUCAGGUUUGUGCAUGUACUGUGGAGAAUCUGGACAUUUUGCUAGGAACUGCCCGAUACUGUCAAAAGGCAGAGCCCAUCGGUAAAACCGGGACUAUUGGUGGGCAGCAAUUCAGACUCUGCUAGUUCCCGGUGUUCUCUCCCGUGUUCUCUGUUUUUUAAUACUGAGCAGAUCCAACUCGAAGCACUCCUUGACUCGGGUUGUGAGCAGUCCUUGCUGGAUCCAAGCCUGGUGGAGAAGUGGAAAAUCCCUACCACUCGAUUAACUACGCCUUUCUCCGUUUCCUCUCUGGAUGACAGAAACCUCUCCACCAUUACUCAUCGAACCAUCCCCCUUCGACUAAAGGUAUCAGGUAAUCACACUGAAUCCUUGGUCUUUUAUGUUUUCCCUUCUCCUCAGUUCCUGUUGGUGCUUGGACAUUCCUGGCUGGUCCUCCACAACCCUCAGCUAAAUUGGAGGAGGAACAGAAUAGAAGGUUGGAGUCCGGAAUGCUCCCAACGAUGCCUCCGUUCUGCCUCUCCUACUCUCUGCGGCCCCACAACCCCUCAUGUGGAAAACAUUGAUCUCUCUACGGUGCCUCCAGUCUACCACGAUCUCAAACAAGUUUUCAGUAAGGAUCGUGCAUCAUCAUUACCACUACACAGACCAUAUGACUGCAGUAUUGACCUGUUGCCAGGAGCACCCUUUCCUUCCAGCCGGUUAUAUCAUCUCUCCAAGCCUGAGAGAGAGAGCAUGGAAAAAUACAUUCAGGAUUCCCUGGCUGCCGGAACCAUAAGACCAUCCUCUUCACCUCUGGGAGCUGUUUUUUUCUUCGUCCCAAAGAAAGAGGGGACUCUCAGGCCUUGUAUAGAUUACAGAGGUUUGAACCAGAUCACGGUGAAAAAUAAGUAUCCUUUGCCAUUAUUCACUUCCACUUUUGAACCCAUUCAGGACACCUCCAUUUUCAGUCAUUUGGACCUCAGGAACGCCUACCAUCUGGUACGGAUUAGGCAAGGAGAUGAGUGGAAGAUGGCAUUCAAGACACCCUUUGGUCAUUUUGAAUACCUCGUAAUGCCUUUUGGAUUAACUAACGCACCAGCAGUAUUUCAGUCUUUAGUAAACUCGGUUUUGGGUGAUUAUAUCAACAAGUUUGAUGGUUUACCUUGACGACAUCCUGAUUUUUUCAAAGACUUUGGACCAACACACUCAUCAUGUUCGUGCUGUAUUACAGCGUUUACUGGAGAACAGAUUGUACGUCAAGGCUGAGAAGUGUGUUUUUCAUGUCCCCACAGUCAAGUUUCUUGGUUUCAUAAUAUAUAGUGGGCAGUUGAAGGCGGACCCAGAGAAGGUACGGGCAGUCACUGAGUGGCCCACACCAGCCACCCGUAAACAGUUACAACGGCUUCUGGGGUUUGCAAAUUUAUAUAGAAGAUUCAUCAGAAAGUACAGUCAAACCGCCGCUCCAUUGACUAAUCUAACAUCUGUGAAUAAACCUUUUAUCUGGUCCCCUGAAGCAGAUGCAGCCUUCCGAGCUCUCAAGAGAAGAUUCACCAACGCUCCUGUGCUUCACCGAUCUGAUCCCCUACAGCAGUUCACCCUCGAGGUGGAUGCUUCGGACACAGAGGUGGUGCAGUCCUAUCCCAGGUAUCACCUUCUGAUCAUCGCCUCCACCCAUGCAGUGGCGGAUUUAGCAAUUUGGGGGCCCAAGGUGAACACAGACAUGGGGCUCCUUACACUAAAUUUUCGACAAUCUUACCUUUAACUGGAUUUGCGAAACCCACCCCUCUUCUGACAUGAGUUAUUUUCCCUUUUUAUCAGUCCUCCUCUUUUUUUCCUGUAUUUCCCUCCCUUUGAACGCUUUCAAUAUUUGCUCUGCUUUCUUUUUCCUGUCAGUGCUCCUGUGCUUCUGCCUUUUUUUUCUAUUUUCCAUUUUGGUCUAUGUUUUCCUCCCUUUAAACAUUUUCCAUUGUCUUUCCUUUCUGCUUCCUUUUGAUGUUUACAUCGAGAAACGACGUCACUUUCAGAAGUGAAAAUAAAAGCUUUUAUGAAACAUGCAGCUUCUUUCUCUUAUUGGAGCCACUAGGAUAACUCCAUGUCAUGCUUAAUGGUUUGACUAUCGCUUUGAGUUUGUUACGAACGCUGCUGCCUCUCUUCUUCUUCUUAUUUAUGGUCUUAUGGCACUUUGCAAACAACAAUUUGGUGCAUUACCGUCACCAACUGGAUUGGAGUGGAAUGACUACCAAUCACUUCCUGUUUGUGCAUCGCCAUCUUAAUAACCCUCUUAUGACCAUAAUUAUAACAGGGCCGCCUGGUAUUUUUUCUUAUGGCUGUAAAAUUGUAAUAAAAAGUGCAAAGUGUGUGUAACUCUUCUCCGUUUUUCAGAACAACCUCAGCGUUCAGUGUAUGGUUUGUAUUUAGAAUUUAUUUCUAUUAAAGCCUUUAAAAAAUCAGCUUAAAAGUGAAAAAAGCAAAAAACGGAUUUGAAUUUUUUACAUUUAUUACUGAACAGGAACUUCUAAAUUACUGGGCAAACAAUUUGGAAUGAACAAUUUAAACUUUGAACUGUAAUGCAUCUAUUCUUAAAAAAGUUUGAACCUUGGUAUCUUUUGUAGCAGUUUUUAAGGCAAUUUCUUUUUGUAAACUUUCAGACAUUAUUUUUUAUGUGGUAGACCUUGAAGCAGUUUCUCUCCAGCUGCAGGCAGCGUCCUGCACACCUCACACUGCCAUGGGGUGCUUCUCUUGCACACCGUGCACUGCUAUACCAAAAACUUUUGUUUUAGCAAAAAUAAUUAUUUAUUGUAAAAAGAUAAAUAAUGCUGGAAUGAAGCUGAAUCUUACAAUUAGCAAAUAGUUGAGGGUUGUUCAAAUAAAAAAAAAAUAAAAAAAAGACUGAACAAACGUUCAUACCCUGGUUCACCGGAGAUCUGUCCUUCUUCGUGGUCACUGUCUUCAGCUAUAAGCCUUCUGGGACACCUAAUAGAUCGUGUUGAUUUUCUUUGAGGCAUUUCCAUAAUUUCAUGCCGGCUUUUUAUGCUAAUUAGCUUCCCCAUUCUGUUAUCCGCUUUCACCGCGGCGCAGCGCUCCGUUUCAAUCAGGCUGUACAGCAGGAUUUCCCCUCGUAGCGAUAUUUUCCAUAACUCUGAUUGUUUCAUGCUAUGGAUCGUUGGAAAGCCAUUUUAUGCACUUUUAGGAACCGUUGGAAAUUUUUUUAUCUAAUCAGCCAUAAGUUAUAAAACGGAGCAUUUUGGGUGACAAACUCAGCACGUCUCUGAAUCUGUGUUGUGAUUCAUUUCGCUCAAGACAGGGAAUCCCGGUGGCUACCGUAAUGUAUUGUAUACGCACGAAAAGCCCCAUUUUAAUCUUUUCAGCCCUUUUUGAAUUUUAAUGAUAUCUUGAACGGUUCAGGAAUUAUGGUAACGCGAAGUGCGCAUGUCCAAUCCCGUCGGCGGCGACAGGUUGGUAAUAAGAAUAUUGUGGCAUUAACAGAGGGGUGCCGGUGGUCAGGGCUAGGGGGGCCGCCAACACAUGGGAGCCCCAGGCGGCUGCCGACCUAUGCCUAAUGGUAAAACCGCCACUGCACCCAUGUGCCUUUUUUUCUCGUUGCUUAACACUGGCGGAGAGCAGGUACGACGUGGGUGAGAGAGAGCUGCUCGCUGUUAAGCUAGCCAUCGAAGAGUGGAGGCAUUGGCUGGAGGGUGCUGAGAAACCAUUCAUCAUCUGGACUGACCACAAGAACUUGGUUUAUCUAAAGGAGGCAAAAAGACUCAACCCUCGACAAUACAGUUGGUCCCUUUUCUUUUCUCGCUUUAACUUUCAAAUCUCGUAUCGCUGAGGUUCUAAAAAUACCAAGCCAGACGCCCUCUCCAGGCAGUAUGCUCCAGAUCAGGAUUCUGAACCCUCCACCAUUCUUCACCCAGCAUGUGUUGUGGGAAGGGUCACCUGGGAAAUAAGGGACCAAGUGUUGGAGGCCCUCAAGACUGACCCUGGUCCAGGUCAUGGUCCCCCAGGCAGGCUGUAUGUCACUCAAUCCCUGAGGAGCAAGGUCAUACACUGGGCUCAUACUGGCAAGUUUUCCCUUCACCCGGGAGUGGGACGCACAGUCACCCUCAUUAAGUGGACUUUUUGGUGGCCACAUGUAUAAGGAUGUAAAAGACUACAUAUCAGGUUGCCAUACCUGUGCCCAACAAAAGGGAGAUCAUCGUUCCCCGGCAUGUCUGUUGAACCCGUUACGCACUCCUUCUCGCCCCUGGUCACAUAUUGCUUUGGAUUCUGUUUGUGGAUUACCCGACUCUCAUGGUUUUAACACUAUACUCACCAUCGUUGACCGUUUUUCAAAAUCCUGUCACCUGGUCCCUUUAAAAUCUCUUUCCUCCUCAGCGGUCACUGCACAACUUCUUGUAAAACACGUUUUCCAUCUUCAUGGCAUCCCAGAGGAAAUCCUAUCGGAUCGCGGUCCUCAGUUUAUCUCCAAGGUGUGGAAAGAGUUUGCUGAGACCUUAAGGGCUCGGGUCACUCUCACCUCUGGAUACCAUCCUCAAACCAACGGCCAAUGUGAGCGAAUGAACUAGGAACUAGGGGCCAUGCUACGUUGCAUUUUCUCAGCACACCCUUCCUCUUGGAGCUCUUACCUCACCUGGCUGGAACACGACCACAACAUCCACAUCUCCACAGCCACAGGUCAGUCCCCUCUUGAGUCAUCCCUCACUCUUCCCUCUGCAGUCAUCAGUCUCCUCCUCAGUUCCACAAUUCCUCCGUGGUGCCAGGCACGCCUGGUCCACCACCAGGGCGGCACUAGACCACACAGCCGCCAGAAGCAAACGAUGGAUCACCAGCGGCGACCGGCUCCAGCUUAUACUCCCGUCGCUAUCUAACGCCCACGGUAAAACGGAGAUUUGGCAGAAUUGUGACCUUUACCCUGUUGCUAUUUAACCUUCCCCUCACCCCCAUCCUAACCUUAACCAGCUGGUGCAUGCAAAGCUUUGUUUUGCGUUUUAUCGUUCCUCUCAAACACGCUUAAUGGAAAAUUUAGACUUAAAUACUGGGUUAAGGUUAGGAUGAGGGUGAGAGGAAGGGGAAGGUUAAAUCGCUAGAGGUUAGAGGUUAAAUAUCGGUGAAAUCUCCGUUUUAGAUACCAACGCUCUGGAACAGUGUGUGGCCUUUCUACGCGUCAGAAACAAACGCUUGGUCACACCGCGUCAUUUUUCGACGCUUAGGGUUUGAGAAUGUGUUGCAUAUACUAUAUAGAUUUCUUUGGGGUGGAAAGCCCCUCUAACUUUGUACAUUUUCCUUGUAACAUGAGCACAGCUCUUUGCAGAUAUAAUAGGAUUUCUAUAGUAGAUGCGGAGCAUAAUACUUUGUCUGUGAGGGUAACUUUGAGUUCCAGCAUUUCUGGAGCUUUGAUUAUUUAAAUGUUAUUGGAUCCAUUUCCCAAAAUCUACACAAGGCUCAUUUAAAACACAAUUUCAUGCAUUAAUGUUCAGAAAAAAUGCACUUCUGCAGCCCUUCAGGUCAUUUAUUCUCAGAAAUAAUCACCCCCACCCCCUUCGCUUUUAUAAAGCUUCUGUUAUGAAAGGCUCAGCCCAUUUUGACUCUGAUGUUAGAAAUGGCAGAGUGCAAGCUUCUCAUUAUUUGUUUGGAGCCAGCCAAACUAGCCACUAGGCAGGCAUUAUGCCAGCAUGUCACAUGGUAGAUUAGUCAUGGAAGAAAGGGCUGGACUCUUAAUGAAGCAUUGCAGGCAGUUCUGGAGCAGUGUGGUCUCAGGGAGUGGAGGACAGCUUUUGGUUUGGACCCUGGACUGUAGACUAAGAUAAUUAUAAUAAUGAUUUGGUGAAUAACUGGAAGGAAAAAGAGCCACAAACAAAAUAAUAUGGCCUGAGGUGACCCUAUUCAAGAUGGUUAGCUUAAUGAACAUUGGUUCAAUAAAGUUAGCAUUUGAAAUUAUAAAGAAGAAAAAGUGUGGCUGCAGGCGUCUUCUUGUGUUGAAUGUGUAUCAAUGUGUGCAUUGACUGAUCAUUUGCAGAAAAAACAGGUCAUCACGUGGAAGUCCAGCAACCCGUGAGAACGAUUUUUAGCCAAAAUUUAAAUAUAAACAAUUCAAAACACAUUUUUUAAGUUAAGCAUUUAUGAGCCAAAAUUGAUAACUCAUCUCUGGAGACAUGUACACUUGCAGGUUGCAUCAGCUCUUUGUUUGGCCUACAGUCUGUAAUUAGUCUUUUCCUAAGUCACUCUCAGAAGAUGUUCACAUCUACCUAAACAGAGCCUGCUGCUAUAAACACAUUCAUCAAUAACCAGAAACGUGUCGGCAGUAAGUAAACAUUUGAGUCCUCGGAUGUUGCUUUAGGGCUGUAGAAUAAAUUAAUUGUCGUAACUAAUUUAGCAUUUUCCAACCUGUAGACGUGCUUCCAUUGUCAGAACUUCAGGUUAAAUUCUGGGACGAGGACACUGAGCUGGAGAAACGAUGUCCCGGUCCUCAGCUAUUGUGUCUCCAUUCACAUUCAGCCCUUUCAGAAUGUUGCACACAUCAGCAUAUCGUGACUGCUUUGGCAGUGAGUGAUGUCACUAAUCAGCGCCAAAAAGCAUCCACAUUAGCAUAAACAUAAAAAAAAAAAAAUUCUGUCGCAGUAUAGCAUAUUUUAAUCCAUUCGGAGCACCAGCACACUUGCCUGAUGUAAAAUGUGGCGUUCAAUGACCAGAAGAAGCUAUGUGAGACAAUAAAGGCCCGUGAAUGAAGUCAAUGUGGGGGAAUUUCGGUGUCGGGGGUUUAGCGGCAAUUUUAUGCAUGAUUGGUACUUAUUUUCUUUUGCUUCCAUUCCGCUUCACAAGUAAAUCUUCUAAUUUUACCACUACCAGUUGUUUUGGACAAGGUCUACUGAUGUCAUUUCCUACUAAGUUACAACCAAUCAGUUCACUCUGCAACUCCUACAACUUAUCAGGUGAAAACGGUCGUUCAGCUAGCUCGGUCAAGCGGAGAUGCGUGCAUGUCUGGAAGCUCCGGUAAAUUUACCCUGAAAUUCUGACAGUGGAAAUGCACCUAAUGCAUAAAGCUGAUAUUGAGAUAGUUUGGUUAUAAGAGAAGUGGCCAAGGUGUCUCACAUUUAGAACAGAGUUGCUGUCAUUUACCUGCAGGAAUUCUGGUUUCAACAAUCAUCAGUUAGAAAUUUGUGGUAGAAAAGGCUCCCUCUCUCACCUCCUCACAUCAGUCCCUCUCUUGACCUGUUGGGAUCUUUGCCUGCAACAAAGUAAUGGGAUGUCUCUUAUGUGUUUUUCACUCCUAUACCUCUACAAAUAAACCAUUUUUUGGUUGAACAGCCUCCAUCUCUCCCACCCAUCUCUCUGUCUCCACAACUUCUAUUAUAUAACAAAAAAAAGGAAUAAAGUAUAGAUGAGAGAAUCAUAUUUUUUGAUAGAUGAUCUCCAACAAAAUGUGGUCAUUACGGCGAAGGCGUUUUGCUAUUUUGAUGCAUAGCUAUCCUUAUUGAGCUGCCUGGGAAUUUAAAUGAGAUUUGAAUUUUUCAUGCACCUCAGAAUGGCUGGCGCUGUUAAUAUCUUGGUUUCGAUGUGAGCGUUUGGCGGAGCCUUGAGCGCAGUGGUGAGGAUUCUUUAGCCCGUAGCAGUGUGUAAUUUCCAGCAGUUCUUUCUUUCAGAGUCGCACAAACGAUUUAUUUUCAUCUAAACUGAUUCAUCGAGGUCUCUUGUGAACACUUGUAGCAAUUAAUCAUGGUUUUAGAGAAGUGCUUAUGUUAGUUCAUCAGUCUAGAUAAUAAAUAAAAUGUUUACUGUGCGUCUAAACUAAGUGCUCCUGCGGUCACCCAUGCAGAUGAAUGUUAUUGUUGCCAUCACCGCUCCUCUAUCAACAUGUUGUGUUUUUUUCCCUUUUACUCAUUUAUUCUGUUUAAUUCAGUUCCAAUUAUGAAUCUAAUUCACCUUCUUUCAGAAUCCCAUCCUCAUCUUUUGAAAAUAUGUUCUCUCAACUGUCAGAUUUCUUGGCAACAAUGAAGCACGAAAUGGAAAAAAAAAGGCCUUUGUGUGUUUCUAAAAUGUGUUACGUGGUGCAUCCAUUGGUUCAAAUAAACACAUUCCUUCAAGUCUUUCUUCCAGAAGGUUUUUCACUCAGCCUUUAGCGAUUUACUCACAGAAUCCUCAGAUUUUUUAUUUUGUUUUAGGUGCAAAGUCUGAAGAGCACAUCUCUCAACAAAGCUAUGUUUUGAUCCUGCAUUUUUAUUUAUCACAGAGUUUUUUUUCUGCCAGAUGGGUUGCUAUUAAUAUAAUUUUGGUGUUUCUAGUAUUUCAGUAGAGAUAAUGUAUUCAAAGAACCAUAAAACUUGUCAAGGACACAUUUGCAGUAAAAACGGUUCCUAUUUUAAAACGAUCCUGUCAGGUCCACAGUUCUAUUUACAGUCUUUCUUUGUGCAUAAGAAAAAAACUUAUUUUUGUUUAAAAAAGGACAACACCCUAGAAUCCUGAUGGUGGAGAUGAUUUACGAAGGACAUCCUGAGACUUGAGGACAGUCUGCGGGGCACAGAAUAACACAAAAAUACCAGGAGCUCUUCAGAAAAAAGCAGCGUUACAGUAAAAAAAAAAGUCACAUUAGACCUAAAUUUAAAAAUAUUUGAUCUAAUAAAGUUUUGCAAAAUGCCUUGUCGGUUCUGAAGAGUUAACCUGAGCCAGCAAGGUGCCAGAACUGGUCUCUUGGUUUUGUUUAAUGUAUUAAAAUCCUGAUUUUGUGGAUUUUAAAGUUUAAAAAUCAAAAGUUUAAACUAAAACAAUAUUAAAUCUAUUUGUUAUACAGGCAUCGACUGGUGAUCACUCUUGUCAUGCUGUUUAUGACUGGAUAUCUUUGAGGGGACUAACAACUGACCUGAUUCUGUGUAAAAGGGUUUGGACUCACAUUCAUCUCUACUAUAUUUUAUGGGCAUUAAUUAGAGAUUCACAUUUGUUUUUUCUGCUCUUCAGUGUUUGUUUUUUUUCUUUCCAAACUGUAACGGUAUUUUGCUUGAUUUGCUUGACAGUUCAAGGUUUUGUAGUUUAUGUUAACGAAACAGUUCAUGACUUCAUCUGUACAGUCAGCUGAAAGGCAGCUCAUUAGGAAACACAACCAGUGGGUCCUUUUAAAACUAAUAUGUGUGGGAAACUGGGAUAUUAGCAACCAACCUUCUGGGUCAAGGAUGAAACCAAUAUGAAAAGCAUUAAACCAGCUAACCUAUGCCAAGAGUCCGGAUCUUUUAAAUAACUAAAUCUACAUAAAACCUGCUGAAAAGCUGCCAAGUUAUGAUCAUUUGUAACAAACAUUCUGUUUUUAUACCAUUUACAAGUUUAGUAAUUAUAAGGCUAACUUUCAGGUACUAAAUGUACAUUGCUCCCGUUCCAGGUCCCUGCUGCCUGUCGAGGUGAUGCAUAAGGUGGCCACCCCAAAAUCAUGAUUUUCGGGUCAUGGAGUGAUUAUUUAUUUUUUUAUUCUAACCUUAAAGGCAUAGAAGUCAUAGUAAAUGGCCUGCAUUUGAUAUAGCACUUAUUCACACACACAUUCACACUCUGGUGGUGAUAUAGUAGCCGCAGCUGCCUCGGGGCGCACUGACAGAAACAAGGCUGCUAAGCACUGGCAUCACUGGUUCUUCUGACCACCAUCAGCAAGCAAGGAGGGUUAAUUGUCUUGCCCAAGGACACAACGACUGCAACAGACAGGGCUCAAACCUGCAAUCCUCCGCCAUCUGACUCUUAUGUUAUUGUUGCCCAUUUGGGCGGAUCCCAACUUCAGUAUCGACAAUGGAACUUACGCGCAUGUACAAAAUAAGAAUGGAACACAAUAGACAUUGUAAGCAAGUGGGUGGGGCCUAAUUUUAAAGACAUUUUAUCUCAGUUCAAGCUUCACUUCUUUUCUUAGGCAGCCUAAUUUUCAAUAGUCAGCAUUCAAACAGCAUUUCUGCAAGAAAUGCAACUUCUUGACUCAAAGAUGGCAUAAAAUAUCUGACCUAGAGGACAGUUCUCAUGAUUUCUGUCAAAUGCAUUUUUGUUGAACUUCUAAAACACAAAAGGAGACCAUUGGAGCAAUUUCAACAAAUUUUCACAGAAGAAGUGAAUGUUUAUUUAAUUUUGGGUUAUUUUUCAUUUUGCCUUCGGAGCUGUUGCACACCGGAUUUGCCAUGUAUUCAUUUUUCCUUAUGUUUAAGGCAAUAGGAUGGCAUUAAUAGGAAGUUUGACAUUUAUUUAGAGUAUUUGACUUUUCCUCAUCUCCUCAUUUACACCACUGUCAACUUUCUGCAAAUAUCUCAGCACUUAUUUACAUUUUUCUGGACUUUUCUCCUAACCAAGAUUAGCUUUCCUCAGUGUCACACAUAAGCAUGGUGUUAACCUGCCAGCAAGUUGGUUGAGAAGCUGCAGCUGUGGUGUCCCCUCCAGCAGACCGGUCAUCUCAGCCUGCGGCUAAAAUCUCCGGGGGCCAACAUACCUUCACAGAAAGGGACAAACACGCAGAACAGGCAGCCAUAAAGCGGAGGAAAAUGGAAAGAUAAAGUGACAUGGGUGAGUGCACCUUUGAGGGCAUCAGCGGGCUCUUUGCACUCAAGCAAACCCCGCUGCUCUGUCCUUACAGAGAACACCUCUCAGUGGAUGAAAGAAAGAGCCUCUUUGAGGUGGCGCCCCGGCUUCUUCCCCGCAUCCUACAUCAAGUAAUUGAAAGACCUGAGAGUAUGGUUGGGGCUUGAAGGAUGGGGAAGAGGGUGACUCAUCUGUGCAAGUUUAAGACUAGGGCAACCCAAACAACACAGUAUGGUGAAUAAGAUGCUCAAAAACAUUUUGUCGAAAUAUGUUUGCGUUGCUCAUCAACUAAUAGUGUAAUUAAACUAUUUCAUAAGAUAAAAGGAGCAGUAUGAAAGUAAAAAUGUAAGAAAAUACAAAAAAGUUUAGAAAUGUACCAGAAAUGUGGCUGGUGAUCGGAAUCGGCCAGCAUUCAACACGAUAACCUCAAAUGAAGAUUGCAUAAUCUGUCACUCAAACAUCUGAUUAUUUUUCUUUGUUCAUGAAUGCAGCAAUCACAAUCAAUAAAUAAUAAUAAAAAAAAUUAGAAAUCUGCAUCGGUUCUAGAAACAAGAACUGGUAUCAGCCCUUAAAUCCAGAUUUGGAGAAUCUUAUUAACAAAUGAUGGUAAAAAUAAAGACUGCAUUGACAAAUGUUUCUUCUUUUACUAAGAAGGUGGAACACAUGCAUUCAAAUGUGUUUGUUUAUAGAGUUGUUUGUUUCUGCAACAUUAUUGGAGCAAAGCAACAUUUGUGUAAAAAUAAAUGAUGGGAUAUGUAGAUGGUCUGAUUUGUUGAGUUUUAGAGAAGAGCAGAAACUGAGGAUCCAUUGUUUUUCUUACAACGCUUGUUUCUGAUGACUUGAAGAAUUCACUCAGUGGAUAAAAGUAAUCUCGGCAACAUCGUGUCACUAUGCUGCCUGGAUGCAUUUUAAUCCCCUUCGGCGAGGCUUUAUAGUAUGCUGCACAAAGUAUUAUCUGCAUUUCAGAUCAUUAAACAACAUAAAGUAGCACCAUCAUCAGCUCCAUUUGAAAUAUCGACCCUUUUUCUCAGUUUUUCUUUGCUUGAAAAACUUUUUUUUGAAAAUUCUGAUUACCUUUUAAACGAUAAGUAUAUAUUAACGUAUUUAUAACUGCAUUUAUUUGAAUUAACUGAGCAGAAAGUGAGUUUGGGUAAUCCUGGGCCUCCUCCCAAAGGUCUCACCCCCGUGCCCCUCUGCAUCCUCCUCCUCCUCCUUCUCACCCCAUGAGGUUUUCCACUGGAUGCAACAGAACAUGGGUUCUCAUUAGCGCUCAGUCUCCUCCCCCUCUUUGACUGGUGCUGCUUUUGCCUCCCUCUCUUCUCGCGUGGAGAGUUUUGAGCCUUAAUCCCGGAUUGCGCUGCCCUGCCGUCUGCAUCCCGUUGUUGCUGGGAGAGCAUGGCACGCCUCCAGGACCCCUGUGCUCACACAGGAGAGAAGUGAACGAACAACAGGCACAGAAAAAGCGUUUCACGACUGUCACAGCUGGCCGAGCGCUGCACCGAGCUCCACUCAGAGUUAUUGAGUUUCAGUCACAUCCACUCUGUCGGAGAGGGAGGAAAAAAACAAGGAUGGCAGGCAGUUUGUUGCAGCUGUGGGUGCAAAUCUGAGCAGGGAAGCCUUGGUGACAUCCUGGAUUUCACCACCUCGUAGCACUCUCCUGGGUCUUCUUUUCUGCUCACACUUCACUGGGAUUUGACUUUUUGACACCUUUAACUUUUUAACUCGUUUUUAUGCAAUUGUAUCAGUUUGAUAUGGAGUCUCCCACCAAAGAGAUCGAGGAGUUUGAAAGCACUGCGUUGAAGUACCUCCAACCAGAGCAGAUAGAGAAGAUUUGGCUCAGGCUCAGAGGACUGCGCAAGUAUAAGAAGACGUCCCAGAGAUUACGAUGUCUGGUGAAGCAGCUGGAGAGAGGAGAGGCUUCGCUCGGUGAUCUCAAGAAAAACCUGGAGUAUGCAGCAUCUGUGCUUGAAUCCGUUUACAUCGAGGAAACGAGGCGACUGGUGGACACAGAAGAUGAGCUCAGUGACAUCCAGUCAGAGUCGGUGCCUUCAGAGGUGCGUGACUGGCUGGCCUCCACCUUCACCAGACAGAUGGGCUUGAUGCUGCGACGGAAUGAAGAAAAACCUCGAUUCCGCAGCAUCGUCCACGCCGUUCAAGCCGGCAUAUUUGUGGAAAGGAUGUACCGUCGUACCUCCAAUAUGGUGGGGCUCAGUUACCCCGCAUCUGUCAUAUCUGUUCUGAAGAAUGUUGACAAAUGGUCGUUCGAUGUGUUCGCUCUGAACGAGGCCAGCGGGGAUCAUGCGCUUAAAUUCAUUUUCUACGAGUUGCUCACAAGAUAUGAUCUCAUUAGUCGUUUCAAGAUCCCCAUCUCUGCUGUGGUUUCAUUUGUGGAAGCCCUAGAAGUUGGAUACAGCAAACAUAAAAACCCAUACCACAACCUGAUCCACGCCGCUGACGUCACACAGACCGUUCACUACCUGCUCCUCAAGACUGGCAUGGUGCACUGGUUGACUGAGCUGGAGAUCUUUGCCAUGAUCUUUGCAGCAGCAGUGCAUGACUACGAGCACACGGGAACCACAAACAACUUCCACAUCCAGACAAGGUCAGACACAGCUAUCCUCUAUAAUGACCGCUCUGUGUUGGAGAGUCAUCACGUCAGCGCAGCUUACCGCCUGCUGCAGGACGACGAUGAAAUGAACAUCCUCUACAACCUCUCCAAGGAUGACUGGAGAGAGCUGCGGGCUCUGGUGAUCGAGAUGGUGCUGGCCACAGACAUGUCCUGCCACUUCCAGCAAGUUAAAGCCAUGAAAAACUACCUGCAGCAACCUGAAGGCAUCGACAAGCCCAAAGCUCUGUCCCUGCUUCUGCACACCGCCGACAUUAGCCAUCCUGCCAAAAGUUUUGACCUCCACCACCGUUGGACCACCUCUUUACUCGAGGAGUUCUUCAGACAGGGGGACAAAGAGGCUGAACUCGGGCUGCCAUUCUCUCCACUCUGCGACAGAAAGUCUACAUUGGUUGCUCAGUCCCAGAUUGGGUUCAUAGACUUCAUCGUGGUGCCCACAUUCACUGUGCUCACAGACAUGAUGGAGCGGAUCGUCACGCCGCUCAUCGACGAGGCCUCCCACUCAGGUCUUUCAAGCUUUAGACGUUCAAGCCUGAACAGUAUUAGCUCAGAUGAAACCAAGAGGCACAGUGUCAAGAGCGUGGGCUCUGACAGCAGCUCGUCCGGCCAGAGCUCUCUGCUGACGGUGGACAUGAAAAACUUCAAGGCUUUGUGGAACGAGGAGGUCUAUCAGAACAGGGAAAGGUGGAAAUCCCAGGCUGCUAAAGAGUCAGAGGAGAGAGCUAAAAAGGAAGCAGAGGAGCAAGCUCAACAGGAGGAGGCUAUGGAGCCCCAGGAGAUCCACACAGCAUCUGAAGACCCCGAACAGAAGGAGGACAAAUCGGAUGGGGAGGCGUCAGAGUCAGGAGAGGUCAGCAGACCACCAGAUGGUAACCCAGAGGAACCAGAGGAGGAAGCGCCGCCUGGGAACACCAUGCAGCACAGCCCCCCGCUGCAGAACGGAGAGCUGUCAGAAGAGAUUGAAUCUCCAGACCGUGAACAAAACAAGAACAAAGAAAUUAAAGCAGAGGAAGUGAUGGAAUAGCCGAGCUGAGGAGCAUCACGGCCACACCUCCACUGUGCUGCUGUCGACCUGAACCUCGAGUGGCUUAUUUCAGAAGAAAGUCCAUAGUAUAGGAAUAUGUCGCCCUCUACAGGUCAAAGAAAACCUGCACCUUUGCUUCCAUUUGUCUUCGCUGUUCCUCCUGUUAUUUAACUUUUGUCACAUUUUUACCGUGUAUACAGAAUUAUGUGCAUUAAUCCUGCCUUUCUUGUUCAUUUAUGAACUCUGUUGAAAGAUGUAUUUACCACAAAGCAGGAGCAGGAGGUUAAAGGAGGAGCCUGCUGUCUAUAACAUUUGCUUUCUUUUUUAUUUUUAACUCAACCACAAACAUGUAGCUGUUUUAAAAGUCUCACUUUCAAUCUUCACAACAAUUUAUGAGUUUAAUUUAGGUUAAAAUGGUGAUGUUGUGUUGAGACUAAAUGCAGAAUGUUUCAAAGGACUUUUACAACUGUUAUACAGCAUGCAUCAUACAUUUAUGUACAGUACAAUACACAGGUCAUCAUAUUGUUUAGCUAGUUUUCUGAAAACGUUCUCCUGAGUUUUGAGUGCUUCUCAUGUUUGCAAAAAGUUCUUUUAAAACGUAAGUUGCGCCGUGUUUACGUUCGCAUUAUUAUCCUCAGUCUUUAGGGAUUUUGAAUGCAUUUUGUUCCUUUUUUUGUUUAGUUUUUGUCUUUCUUACUGUACAUAAUGAAUGAUGGUACCUGUGUGGAACUGAGGGGGAGCAUAAAUCCUCCAACCUACAAAAAUAAUCUUUAGGGAGAUUAAAAAAAAGUCCAAAAAUUAGAAAGCAGCUUUUGCAAAUCAAAACAUAUCGCAAAUGCAUUCAGUUUAUUUUUGUAAAUAAAAAAACUUUUUUAAGUAUUUUUA